GUUUGUUGUUUAGUGUGCCAUUGGCGCUAACAACGUGCGGUUCGGUCUUGCGGUUUUCUCGCCGCCCGUUGAAGUCAGUGAGCGGAAUAGAUUCUAGCCCGAUUUCGUGGUCUAAACACACACACACACAUAGGGGUGUAGAGAAAGUGCAUUGAAGCCAGAUCUGCAGAUUACACAAACUUGAGUUCCUUGAACUCCCCAAAAUAUUAUACAUAUCUACCUACGUGGCUUUCUCGGGUUUUGUGUAACCCAUUUAGUUGGCUGCACUUUAAAGGCGAUUACUAUAAAUAUUAAUAGGAUUUAUUGAUUGACUGGCGGUGGGCCAGAGCCAGAUCGACACGAGGCUCCGCACCCAUGUCCUUUCUUUCGCCCACACUGCGCCUGGAGAAUCUGUCCACGCAGCCCACGAUGACGCAGGAUCAUGUGCCCGAGGACCAGCGCUAUAACAAACAGAAUAUCGUCGCUCAAUGGUGUGUGCCCAUCAAUGGCAAGAUGUACCGCAUCGAGCUGGAACAUGGCACAACCAGUGGGCGGCGCAUGAUUUGGGUCAAUGGACGGGAAGUCUUGCGUCGCGACUGGAUGUUCAAGCUGGUUGGCGAGGACACCUUUCACAUCGAUCAGACGCGCUGCAUCAUACGCGUUGAUCCUGCGCCGGGCUUCAAGUACGAGUACUCCCUCUACAUCGACGGCAAGUCGCACGACCAGUACACCGAGGACAUGACACGGCAAUAUCGACUGUGGCUAUAUACAGAUGAUGCGGCCGCAGAGGCGCCGCAGGAAUAUAGAAUAAUGCUCAAGCUGGACACGCUGAGUCUCUACGUAAACGAUGAGCUGCGCACGGAGGAGUCGGUUUUUGUUCACGGCGGCACAGACACCAAGUUCCUGCUGCAGGACACGGAAUUCGUGCUUCAGGCACGCUCAAGUGGCAAUAAACAUGAUGGCAUCGUUCACACUCUGCUGGCGAAUGGGGUGCCAGUUCCGGAAGCAAAGAUUCAGGAGAUUAUGCAAGAGCCGGUCUCCAUUUUGCAGAGCAGCAACUGAGGGGCAAUAGGAGGCUCCUCCCCAUACGAUACGAUAGGAUAAAGUUUUGCAUUUGUUGAAUUUGUUAAU